AUGCUCGUGAUACCUCUCCGACCGACGGAGGCCUUGCCUGCCCCGGACACGUUCGCUGCUCUGAAUGAACCUCCCUCGACGCCAUCCUCAUCCCGUUCGGGCUCGGUGGUCGCCGAUAGCGGCGUGGGACUGCGGCGGAGUAGCAGAAACCGCACUUUUUCUCGAAGUCGGUCCGUGUCUCAAGCACCCACACUGAAAGAAGAAGACGUCAAGUCCGCAGGCUCACAUUCGGCAGCGAGUCCUGGCCUGAGCACAAAGGUCCGCAACUAUCCUGUACCUGCUCCCUUUGAAGGGGCCGCGCCUAGCUACGGCUCACACACCCGGAAUUACGACCGUGAUGUGGCAAGGGUGUGGGAUGCAGUUGCUGGGGCGCGCAGAGUGGUGGUUGUAUGCGGCGCCGGUAUAAGCGUGUCUUCACCGGCCAAUAUUCCCGACUUUCGCAGCGCUACGGGGCUGUUUCGAAAGUUGAAAGAAAAACAUCCGAAUGCCGGUCUGAGCUCUGGCAAGGAUCUGUUCGACGCCAGACUUUUUGGCUCUGAAGCAACCUCGGCCCUGUUCUAUUCCAUGAUUCACGAAUUGAAACAGCUGGCGGAUGCCGCGAAACCCACCUCGUUCCAUCAUCUCCUCAAACGGCUGGACGUGGAAGGACGUUUGAUGCGCGUCUACACUCAGAAUAUCGACAACCUUGAAGAACGCGCAGGCCUUUCGUUUGGCCUAGGCGAGACCGGCGAUAGCACCGCGACGAUCAGAGCGCUUGGCAAGCGAAAGCGCGAAGAGCAAAAGUGCCUUUCCAGUCUUCAAGGAGUCUCCACUGAGCCUAGAUUGCCCAAGGGCCGAGGGGCUUGGGGUCGUACAGUGAGCGACUCCGCUUUGCUGCGCUCGCGGGCUCAAGAGCAGAGCGACGAGCCUGUACCAAUGUUUCCGCGGACAAUCCCCCUUCAUGGGAGCCUGUCUAGCCUAAGCUGUUCGAUUUGCCCCCACGAGCUCGCUCUGACAGCGCCAACGGAACACUCGACUUCUCGUCAGGCAAGCCCCACCUCCGAGCAAGAGACGGAACGACUUCGGGCUUUGAAGCUGCUCGCGGGAGGCGAGCCUGUACCGUGCUCAAGAUGCGAAGAUUACGAAAAUGUGCGUGCUGUUGCUGGUCUACGGUCUCGCGGCGUUGGUCGUAUGAAGGUCGGCGUGGUACUGUACGGAGGCCAAAAUGAAGGCGCUGAGCAAGUGGGCGAGUGUCUUCAGAGAGACAUAUUAGGUCUGCGCGAUCCGCACGAAACGCCAGUGCCUGAAAGCGUGUCGGAGCGCAGAGCAAGACAACGCAAGGAAGCGAAAAUGCAAGGCCAUACCGGACCAAAGAACGAUCCCCUGGCGAGUCAGGCAAGCACAACGCUGGAGCCCAUCGUUGAGAUCAGUGGAGAGGAUGCUCUCGCAGCAGCCUUUGCAGAAGACGAUUCUGCCGCUGGUCAGACCCCUUCAAUGGCUGUCCCAGAUCCACCGUCUACCGCUCCACAAACCCCAUCGCUGCAAGCCGGCUCAAAGAAAAGAGCGCGUGCGCCUCGGCUGAAGCCACUUCCACCUGACCUGCUCAUUGUAGCCGGCACUUCGCUAAAAGUGCCUGGUACCAAACGAAUCGUGCGAGAAUUUGCAAAGGCGUGUCGUGCGCGCGAUCACCGGGUCUACAACGACAGCGACGAAGAGGAGUCCGGAAGUGGCUCUUCGGGAAGCGACAGUCGGGCCAGCUCGAGUUCUCCAGGGGAUGACGAGGAGAAUCAUGACCCGAACGCCCCGAUACGCACCAUCCUCCUCAACUACGACUUUCCAGGCCCGUCUCGAGAAUGGGAAGACAUAUUCGAUGUGUGGGUGCAAGGCGAUGUGCAGCAAGCAGCGCUAGGCUUGUGGGAGGCAAGCACAUAUCCGACGACGGAGCAACAUACCAUUUCGAUGGCGCCUGGAUCAGCGGAGCCUGACCUUGCGCAACAUAGCUGGGCCGGACUCCGCGAAUACUUGGAAUCCGAGCGUAAGCGCGAUAGGCUGGAAAAGCGGCAAGAGGCAAAGGCCAAGGCGUCGUCAAACGCAGCUGAUGGAGAGCAGAGUGUGCAGACCAGUUCCCCGAGACGCGUGAGCAAAGCUCAGCAAGCCAAGGCCAAGGUUAGCGCAAGCGCGGUGAAGUCCGCGCCCGUUGAUGCCAUGUGCGCUUCUGCUGCCCAGAUCCUGGAGGUUGCAAUCGAGCAAAAGAUCAAGUUGAAGAAGGCGCGAGGUGACGGACCUGGCCCUGGAGACGCCGCUUCCGAUGAGAAGGCGCGUGCCAAUCCGACAAAAACGAGAAAGGCCCAUACGCAAGCACGUAUGUGUCAUUCGCCGACUGCAUCGAGCGAAACGAGCAGCGCCGAGCUGUCCGGACAAAGCAAGGGCUCGUCUCGUCGCGCCUUUGCCCGAUCGAGCAGCAAUCCAACGGCUGGUGCAGCCAUGGCUGGGACGACCCGCAAGCGGAGAUCCAAAUCAAUCUCGCAAGCUGCCACCAAGCCUAUCACCGCUUCCUUUGUCGGCACCAAGCCAAAAAUGAGCACUGUCCAGGGCAAAAAGGGUGGAAAAUAG